GCUUAUCCUUUUUGUGGCUAGCUUCACAUAGAUGAAAUAUACGUGGUGGAGAGAUGUGCUGAAACUCCUUUCGGUUCAUCCAAAAAGAUCUCUCAAGCUGCCAAUAGCAUUCCCGAAAUAACAGAAAUAUCAGCACUGGAAUGAGCAGGCUGAGGCGGGGAGAUGCCUUACGUGGAUCGGCAGAACAGGAUCUGUGGCUUCCUGGACAUCGAGGAGAAUGAGAACAGCGGCAAGUUCCUCCGACGCUAUUUCAUCCUGGACACCAAGGAGGGUAGCCUGGUGUGGUACAUGGACAACCCACAGAACCUGCCCAAAGGAGCUGAACAUGUUGGCUCCCUCAAACUCUCUUACAUCUCAAAGGUGAGUGAUGCCACCAAGCUGCGACCGAAGGCGGAGUUCUGCUUCGUCAUCAAUGCUGGUAUGAGGAAGUUCUACCUCCAGGCCAACGAUCAGCAGGAUCUGGUAGAGUGGGUCAACGUGCUCAACAACGCCACCAAGAUCACAGUGCCAAAGUCGGGGGACGGCCAGCCCAGUGCAGAGAUGCCUCAGGAGGUGCUGGGUUCCAUGAAGCAGAUCUCCUAUAAGACGGAGAUCAUAGGAGGGGUACCCAUCAUCACUGCCACACAGGAGCAGGGCGACGGGGGGCAGAACGGAGCAGACAGGGGGGGCCCGCGGAAGGCCCACAGUCAGCUGCCCUACUUCCUGGGGCGGGGGGUGCAGGACCAGGCGCUCAUCAAGGCUGGAUACUGUGUCAAGCAAGGAGCCCUGAUGAAGAACUGGAAGAGGAGAUACUUCUUACUGGAGGAGAACGCGGUCAGCUACUUUAAGUCAGACCUGGAGAGAGAGCCACUGCGUGUGAUCCCACUGAAAGAGGUUCACAAAGUUCAGGAGUGCAAACAGAGUGACUUAAUGCAGAGGGACAAUCUAUUUGAAGUGGUCACUAGCUCAAGGACCUUUUACAUACAGUCGGACAGUCCAGAGGAGAUGCACAGCUGGAUAAAGGCCAUCUCUGGAGCCAUUGUGGCCCAGCGGGGGCCUGGACGCUCAGCUGCCUCUGAGCACAGUGACCACACCCCCUCCGCCUUCUACUGUAGCAGCAAUCAGGCGGGACCCCCCGUCCCUCGCUCGCCCAUACAGGCAGAGCUCCCCUACCACCAGCCACAGGGGGGCCCGGGCCCUGACCUGGGACAGCCAGGACUUCUUGGGCCUGCUGCCCUGGCGAGGCCACCAGGGGCCACCACCACCGCACCGCUCCCGCCUCUCUCUCCAGGAGACCCCUCGCCUGUCCAAGUGAGCGCCUCGUCCUGUUACCCCACCAAUGCCCACCAGGAGGAGCUGUCGCCAUGGAGACGGCGCAGCAAGGUAGAGGGCGACCAACCAGAACUCUCCUCCCUCGGCUUCGAGGACUCAGACCUGCAUGUCAGCCAGGUGUGAGCCUCUAACCCUGACCCCUCCUGUCAGGAUUCACACUGACAGAAAGGGGACUGGACAUAGUGGACAGUCAUCAACAACGACAAGAGGAAAGCCAAUCAAACGUGACCAAUCAGCGCCAACCUGGCCCUCAGGAAGACAGGAAGUGGUCCCUGGCUGUGACCGUUGAUCGUCUACUCUCCCCUGUAUCCAGACCCUCUCUUAACACAGCAAAUUGCGUGACGUUUCAGGGCAAGGAGACGCCGUCAGAUGUUCUAUUUCAGUCCCUUUCGUUGUUGAUAUUUCUGUUGGGUGUUGCUCUUUCUCUCUUGUUGUUGGUAUUGUAUGAUUCCUAGACAUCCUCCCCUCUCCAUUGGCUCAAGAGGUUACAAGAGGUGGACUGGGUUGGCUACUCUGCUGAGAAACUCACAAAUCAUUUUUUGUCAUUAUUUCCCACUCCACUCCCAGACGUCACUUGAUUUACUGUUAUCAGGGUUUUUAAAAAAGGGGCUAGAUGUUAUUUGUGUUCAUAGUUAUGUAAAUGAAAAAGUUGUAACUGGUGUCAAUGAGACAACCCCACUCACACACAAAAACAUACACGUGUGGUGUAGACUUGUGUGUACUUUUAACACGACCAUUUGAGUUUCUAUCCAAGCCGUUGUUGAAGCACAUCAUGAAUCCUCAUCACAUCCUAAAGAUAACUUUUAGCAGAUGAAUUUCCCUGCAGCUUUUUCUUAUUUUCAGCUGCGUUUUUAGAAAGGAAGUGGGUGUUACGUGUUUAUAUUUUCUGUUUCUAUUCAUCAUUUAAAAUAGAUACGCUUUGAGUCCUUCUGUUCAUAUGAGUUACACCUGUUGUGUUUUAGACUCUCUCUCUCUCUUUCUUUCUCCCUCUCUCUCUGUCAACCACACACACACACACACACACACACACACACACUGUCACACCUCUGUUUUUUUGUUGUUGUUGCCAAAUGAAGUCCUGCACUGUAUUGUAUGUGCCUGCCAAUGUUAGCAUGCAUUUGAAUAGAGACUUCUCCCUCAGGAGGACAUUAACAGGACAUGUAUAUGUGCAACACAUCUAUAGGCCUCUUGGCAGGGCCUUUCAAAUGGCACCUUGUGGACACUCAUGUGGGCAGACAAGCUGCUCACUGCCCUUGAUCUGUUUUCUGGGUGUUCCUUUGUGGUCCUCUUCUCUUUUCUACUGUGCGACUAUUUGACUACUUUUCCCGUAUGCUGUGACAGUUUGUGUGUCUGUGGGGAGGCCUUCUGUGCCUCUCAGCCGUACUCUUCCUGUAACUUGUUACUGUGUUGCACACCUCUACUGUAAAGCUGGUAAAGUGCCUGCGUUCUCUUUUUAUAGAGAGAAGAAAGAAAGAAAAAAAGAAGAUAUUUUGACCCUUUUAAUUGUGUACCUGAUGCUCUGAAUCAUGUGCAUUAUUUAUUAAGUGGAGUUUGAGAAUAAAUCAAUGGAUUCAA